AAACCAGUGAUAAACAUCAUGGAAUUAGACACCGAGAGUACGACAACUUCAAUUGAUGACAAAACAGAAGAUUUCUGCGAAAAUCCUACCCGCGAUACUUUGGCUGAAGGAUUGAUGUGUUUAUUGAAGCCAACGAUUGAUCAACUGGAUGAAAGAGUUCGCGCAACUCGAAUAAGCCAAGUUGAGUUGAAACAACAGAUUGAAGGCCUCGCGGAGGAAUUAAGAAAAAUUUCAGAUUCCCAGCAGUGCCCCUUGGAUUUGGACGCCUAUGUGAAAAAACUCAUGACAGCGAAACAAAAAGUAACUGUCGUUAGUAACAUCCUGCAGACGGCACAAGAUCGACUGAACAAAGUUCAUUUGCUGAUAGAGAAAGAGUCAGCACGGCGACGAGCUUUACUUGAGCCAACGCCAAGUACUUCACCACUGGAGGCAACAAACCCGUCAAUACAGUGAAGGAUAUCUUAUAUCAGAUGC